GCUGUCAAGUGAGAAGCGCCAGUUGACAACGAUAUUAUGGCCCGUUAUGGCUGUCAUAAUUUAUUCACAAUUUCUUAUUCAAUUAAGAAAUAAUAAUUUGAAAAAAAACUGAACCCGGUUCUUUCGCAGAACUUCGUAAAAUUGAAAGACCAACAUGUAUACACAAACGUCAAAAAUUCCUGUCCAAAAAGAUGCAAAUAUUGUUAAAAUUGCUGUCGAAAUGACAGGCAAAGUGCCACAAUUAAUAGAGUUUAAUCAAAAGCAGCCCCUUACUGGAAUAAUAACGGAACUUUGCAACGGCUGGAGUCUUUCUGACGCAGAGUUUUUUGCUUUGCAAUUUUCUGAGAAUAAUAAUCAGAAUUAUAUCACUGAAAAAAAUCGGAAUGAAGUAAAAAAUGGAAGUGUUUUAAGAUUGGAACAUUCUCCAUCAAAAACAGCGAGUGAUAUUCUAGUGCAGCUUAAUUGUAAUAAUACUGACGAAAAAGCGCUCGAGAAACUUGGAUUUCUCAGCAUUGAUAUGACUUUUGCGCUGGAAUUUAUUAACAAGCAGGGAUUGGCUUUGUUAAUUUCUCAGAUCGAGGCUGGAAAAUAUAAAGGAAGCGAUCUUGCCCACGCAAUGCAAUCGUUCGUUGAACUGAUGGACCAUGGAAUUGUUUCAUGGGACAUUCUCGAAUCGCCUUUUAUUAACAAAGUCGCCAGUUAUGUGAACAAUCAGUCAACCGCUCAGGAUUCUAAUGUCGUUAAAGCCUCGCUCAGUAUCCUCGAAAAUAUAGUUUUGAACUCUUCCGGAAAAUACGCACAAGUCGAGAAGGAAGUCACAUUUCCGAAUCUGGUGAUGCAUUUACAAAACAAUUUCUCUCAGAUUCAACAAAACGCAAUCGCUUUGAUAAACGCUCUUUUCCUGAAAGCAGACAUAUCAAAAAGAAGAGCAGUCUCUGCGACUUUACAAUCAAAACAAGUCCGAAAUGUCUUCUUGACGAAUGUGGUUCAAUCCACUGAUCAGGUUGGAACAGAAAUGGCACAUCAGCUCUACGUACUGCAAACUCUGAUGUUGAGUCUCCUGGAGCAAAGAAUGUUAACGAAAAUGGAUCCGCAGGAUCAGGACGCACACGACAAAAUCAAGGAAUUAAGAAAAAUUGCCUUUGAUACCGAAGGGUCCUCGAUUGGUGAUGUGGCUGCUCGAAAGCAAGGACUUUUUGCUAAAGAUUACAAGAAACUGGGAUUCAAAUAUGACAUAAAUCCCGCUCUCGAUUUCACCGAAACUCCACCAGGAAUGCUCGCUCUCGAUUGUAUGAUUUAUUUUGCGAGAAAUCAUACUGAAGCUUACACGAAAGUCGUUUUGGAAAAUUCCUGCAGGGCUGAUGAACACGAGUGUCCUUUCGGCAGAACGAGUGUCGAGCUGGUUAAAUUACUUUGUAAGGUUCUGAGAAUUGGAGAAGCGCCGACCGAACAAGGACAAUCAUACCAUCCGAUGUUUUUCACCCACGAUCAUCCUUUCGAAGAAUUUUACUGUGCUUGCAUAGUUUUAUUGAAUAAAACCUGGAAGGAAAUGCGAGCAACAACCGAGGAUUUUGUCAAAGUUUUCUCUGUUGUCAGAGAGCAAAUUGCGAGAGCUUUGCAGAGCAAACCGACUGGUUUUGAAAAAUUCAAAAGCAAAUUGCAGCAAUUAACAUAUUCGACGAUUACUACUCUGUGGCAACAAGAACGAACCAAUCGAGAGGAAUGGGAAAGUCAUGCUCGUCCAGUCGUCGAAUUAAGGGUACAAAUAACUCCAGAUAUUCUCGACUUGAUUGGACAACAAAGAUUGCAAUUUUUAGUCGAAGGGACCAGGUUUACUAAAUACAGUGCAAGAGGACAGAGGAUCAAAGACAAAUUUUGGUACGUCCGCCUAUCUCCGAAUCACAAAGUCUUUCACUAUGGCGACUGCGAUGAAAAGUCAGCGCCGACGAUAGAGGAACUUCCAACAAAAUUAGCAGUCGUCGAAAUUCGAGGGCUUCAUACUGGAAGAGAUUGUCCUCACAUGAAGGAUCUUAAAAAGAAAACUACUCAUCAGCUUGCAUUUUCGCUAAUUUUGGACUCUGACGAGGUCACAAGUUUGGAUUUUGUCGCUCCUGAUGAAGAGAUUUUCGAUUAUUGGACAGACGGUAUCAAUGCUAUACUCGGUAACAAAAUGAGCAGCAAAGAAACGGAAAAGGAUUUGGAGACACUUCUCUCAAUGGAUAUAAAAUUGAGACUUUUGGAUGCCGAAGGAAUCGAUAUUCCACAAGAUCCUCCUCCGAUUCCAGAACCGCCUCCAAAUUACGACUUCUGCUACGAAUUAAAAUAGAAUCUCGAAGCCUCUAUUAAUUCUCGUGCUAAUUGCGCACAAAUUCUACGGCUGCCAGAAAAAAUUUUACUCGAGAGAGAAAGAGAGAGUAAUUUUUGAAAGUCAGAUUAGUCUAAUUUGUUAAAGCACUGCUUGCGCAAAUCACAUUCUGCAGUCUACAGAGUAAGAAAAUUCUUCUCUUUUUUUUUAUCAAGCGGGACGUUGCAUUAUACGUGCAUUUUACCAAAGAUUUUAGUUAGCAAUAUCCGUAUCCAAUUCAUGUACAUAUUUACACUUGACCGUGAUGUAUAUUUUAUAGAAGUUUUAAAUUUGACAAAGCCUCGAUGAAAGCGAUCAUGUUUAUAUAAGGUGAGACGCAUUUUUGAUAUUUUAUCUCGAUAUGGUUUUUACUACAACUAACUAUAUACUAUUCUAUGAUAUACUAAUUCUAAAAUAUAAAUAAUGAUCGCGACUACUUUUUC